GAGUGGGGCAGAUGCAAAAUUAUUCUGCGAUGUUUUUCAUAUCAAAAUCAUUGUUUAUUUAAUUUAUGAGUCAUGCUGUCUGCUGAUGUGCCUGAGUUUGUACCAAAAGCUCAACGUGAUAGAGCUCCUCUGGAGUCGAAUGGAGCAGACUGUGAUGUUGAGGAGCAGAUUGAAACUUCAUCACCAAAUAUUGAGGACAUACCACCCCCAACCACCUCACAAAAUGAAGAUGAGAGUGUAGAAGUACCUAGGACUGUAGGAGAUGCUGUUCAUCGUAAUGUCACUGACAACACCGUAGACAAUACAGAUGCUGCUACUGUUGCUCAGGGUUCAAUCCCUGGAGCUGAAGCACUGAAUCCUGAUGAAGUAGACUGCUCAUUAAGCCAUGUUAAUGGUGCUGCUAGCUUGACCAUGGUUUCUUCUUGUGAUAUUAACCAUGUCAUUGAAAAUAAGUACCCUCAUAGCAAACUUUCAGCUACUGUUGCUGAAUUUAUCCCUGCAAGCGUAGUUUACAUAAACAGUAAUUCCACAGAGUCGCCAAGUCCACAUAACCCAUUCAGCCCUGCAACUGGCCCUGCAUAUGUCUAUCCUGCCCCAUAUGGAUAUUAUCCCCCAUGGACCCCGGAACUAGACUACUCUUCAGGUUACUAUAAUUCCAUGCCCAAUAAUGGCCACUACUCAGGAGGAGAGUUGUUUGUUCCUGAUGGCGGUUUUGUCUAUGAUGGAACUGAGACUUACUCCUUGCCUGGUGCUGGAAUGGUUAUGGAUCCCAUAUACUAUGAUUCUGGUAUGAUGGGCAUUGAUUAUGGUGGUGGAGCAAUGGCCUAUAAUGCGUAUAGUGGCUUCAGUGGACGUGGUGGCAAGAGUAAUACAAACUUCAGCAGACGCCCGUUCAAUUCCAACAACAAAAACAAAGGGCGCAAGUUCGAAUCUACCAGAGGAGGAGCAAGAGGUGGAGGAGGUCGACAACCUUCUACUGAAAUUGGCAUCUGCAGCCAAACUGGCGAGAUGACUGUUGGAAAGCGCAAGCCUAACCAGGCUCCUCAGACCAAGAGUGAUGCUAAUGGGUGGUCUUCUCGGUCGCAUGUCCACGCAUCAAAUAUUCUUGGUAAUGCUAAUAACUGGCCUUCUCUAGCUACUGGUAAACCUGAUCAGUCAAUAGCUGCGCCAGUAGAGCUGCCUCGUCAACAGGAAUCUAGUCCACCCUUGCCAGCUGAACCUCUUCUCCCUGUAGCACAGAGCAACAGCUUUUCGUCUAUUGCCAGAAAAAAAUCUGGUAACGGUGAAAGUAUAUCAGAGAAGCCAAGGAAAGAGGCGAAGUGUAUUCCUAAUCCCAAAAAUCAAACCCCUGCAAAAGCCACAUGUAAUGUUACUGAAACGCCUUCGUUUAAUGGUGAUAACUCAGCAGCUUCCCUUGUUGAAGCAGCAUCUAGCAUCAGUUGUAAUGGUCCGAUAAGCAGCUCAGAUGAUGGCAAUGGAGAGAAAAUUAUCACGAAAUCCGACUCUCGUGAUCCUGAAUCCAGUGAAGCUGCUGAGAACGGGUCUCUAUUAUCUAAAAGUGCUAAAAAGAAAGCCAAGAAAAAACAGAAGAAGUUGAAGGAGGCAAAGGACCAGAUCUCUCAGCAAUUCAAUCUUGAGACGUCUAGCAAAACCCCAGCUCAAGAUGUCGAGCCAUCGGCAACAAAAACUUCAACCAAUGAAGUUGUAUCUCACCCUCCAUCUAUGGCCGAAGUGUUGUCCAAUCGUUCAAAACAUGGCAAGAUGGCAGCAAAUGGUACUGCUCCUUCUAAAAUCAAUCACGCUCCAGUGAAAGAACCGUGCAGGACGAAGGAGGUUCCUGUCGUCGCAAAAACAGUUGAUACUCCAAUUAACAAUACUGAAAUUUCUACUGUAACUGCCGAGGAAAAUGUCACUGUAAAUAAUCUUGCUGAAGUAGAUACUGCCACAGAGCCCAUAGAAGAUGAAUGGAUUACUGUAAGCAAGAGGUCGAAGUCAAAGAAAAGCCAACUUGCCAAGGCUGAAAGAACUGGGGCCUUGGGGUUUCGCCAGUCACGCAACAGCGUUGGCAAUAAUACAAAUUUUCGGCAACAAAACUCCAACAGCAACGGUGUAAAUUUUCGUGCAUCCCACUACAGUGUUGAACGGGACCACUAUAAUCGACGGAAUUCCAACAUUGAGGAUAAGGGCGAAAACUUUCGUGGUUCACAGCAAAUCAAGUUAACAAAUUCCGAGCAUAGACUGGAUGAGACAGAACGACCUGCCUCUGAAAGAUUGAACCUCCCAGAUAAGGUUUCUUCAGAAGUGUACGAUAUUAAUAGUAAGAGUACAACAGAGAUCAAUGGCAGUGUCAGUGUUUCUUCUCCUGAUAAAGUUGCUGCCGUUGCCCCAUCUGAGGCUAAAUCUAAAGAUAAAAAUGACCCUGAAACUCAGGAAAUAUUGAAAAGACGAGCACUGAAAAAGGAAAAGGCAAAGCAGGAGAAAAAGAUCAUGAGAGAGAACACAGCUUUACAGAAGCAGACCAACGCGCGGAAGGAUUCAAAGCUUUCCGUUGUACCAACUGCAGCUGAAAAAACUUGUUCUAAUCCAAAAAACUUGCAUACGGGGACGUUUGUGAUGAACUCUGAGGAAUACCCAACUCUUGGGGUGGGUGUUAGCAAGAAGUCUAAACCUUCACCAGAUUCUUCAACCAAAAUAGAACUAAAAAACUUGAAUGGCAUCAUUCAGAGCUCUCCCAAAAAUGUCCCCGUAUCGACUUCUGCUUGGACGAAUGCAAGCAAUCUUGUUGAUGAACUGAAUUCGUCUGUCGGUGAGAUGAAUUCUGCAAUGAAUGGAAGCACCGAGUUCAAAAUUAGCAGGCAGCCUUCGAGGUCUGAUGUUAAACCUGCUUCGGCUCUGGGCGACAGCAGCGUCAGAAGAAAAGUCAAGAAUGGUCAGAUGCUGAAUUCGGAUGAUUCGAGUAAAGUCAGGUCUCAAGAGAACAAAGGGAAACGAAGCACUGGCCCCGCUCCCUCUAAGCACGUCAAGUCCUCGCACAAGAUUACUCUCAGUUUAGAUGCAUUAAUUAAGAGCUCAAGCCAGCGCGGCAAGACAGCUGUGAGGAGACCGCUUGCAGUGCGGACUAUGGAGCCCUUGCGACGGCCAGCUGCAUCGAGCUCCUCUUCAAAGCCCACAAGGCUUGUUGAUGGUGCCUCGGCAGGACUGCGUGAGAAAGGCAAGAAGAAGAAGAGUUUAACUCCCGCUCAGCGCUACAGGAAGAUCCGCGCGCAGUACAGGGAGAAGUUGCUCAUGCUGUCAGAAAUCCAGAGAAUACGAGAAGGCGGAGAACCUGCAGAUGUCAACACCGAGGGCUUCAGAGAAGACAGUCCAGGAGCUGCUGCCACUGACGGCUGGACGGACGUCGACGAAGUUGGCUGUGUCGUCAAGACGGCUGGUGACGAGGCGGCAGGGCUUGUCAAGGUUGACGCUGACGAGGCUGCUAGUUCCGUAACGACGGACGUCAAGCCGACUCUGAAAAGUCUAUCCGUGGCUGACAAAUUAUUGGACGAAAUCCUCUUCUACUCUCAGAAGAAAACUUGUCCCGCUUUAGAUGCAUACGUGAAGAACGUCAUAACCCCAGAACUAAACAGCAACCUUGAGCUGAUGCUCUCGGACUUGGUGCGAUUCCAGAGGCGCCAAUAUGCAACAGAACCCAUCAAAGCUAAGGCCAAGCGCCGCUAUAUCUGCGGCAUCAAAGAAACCACCAAAAAAAUGGAGAAAAUACGUCUUUUGGUUGUAGCUCCAGACCCCGACAUGUGGAAAAGCUCGCCCGUUGUGGUCGAGAGCUUGUCCGUACUUCUCCAACGAGCAGAAAGCUUACAAAUUCCCGUGAUCUUUGGGUUGUCUCGUACGAAGCUCGCUAGAGUGUGUCGGACUAUUAAAAACAGGCGAGUGAGUUGUGUGGGCGUCUUGAACUACCAAGGAGCUGAGGAGCAUGCUAAUGCUAUCCUUGCGUUACUUCCAGAACUUAAAAAACAAUGGUUGCUUAGAAAUGACCCCAAAAAAGUUACUAAAUGUGAACCUUCUUGCCAGUCCCUAGCUUCGUGUUCCGAUGCAGCUCAUGUGCGCGAAAAUGCGGCUGCUAAAAAUCACACACUUUCUAGAGGCAAGAAUGGGAUUGCCAAGAAUUGUAACGCUGCGGAUUCCUCAACAUUGGUCUCCCAGAAAAUUCUAGACAUUCUCAGAAAAGAGGCCGAGUCAAGUUGAUGGUGAACCUUGGAGUGAUCUACGUUGUUCGUUGGUGUUUCCUUAUGUUGUGGUGUAUGUAUUGGGAGUGCUAAACGUGUGACAUUACCAAUUUCGUGUUGGGCUUAGCUAGGUCUUUAUUUCAAGUUGACGUCUGAGAGUGUGCUCAUCGUGUUAUUUUCACUUUAAUGCACAGUGUACAUUUAAGAGUAUUUCCUGCUGAACUGCGUAUUUAUAUAUAUGUGUUUUGGCGCGAACUGUUUCUUGUAGAGUCGUAGUGUCUGCACGGCACUGGACUGGCUCGGCAUAAUAUAUCAGUUUUAGAGGGUAUAUUUCUGACAAGUCAGGCUUAGGAUACAGCCAAUGGAGUAUUUACAAGGGUUAAUUUUUACUUAUUAUUUCAUUAUUUUCUGCAUACUAGUAGGAUAAAUCAAGUUGUAGCGGUUAGCGUGGCUACGUUUAACUGAAUUCUGCUUCGGUUUGGUGGUCAAACUAACAAUGCUUACAAGAGUUCAAGCUCGAUUUGUUCUGCAAUUUAAUAUCGUUCUAGAGUGCGAAACAAUGGUUAUUCUUCCUCGAUUUUUGUCGUUUACUUUGGAAUUAUUUAGUUUACUCAACGCGACCUAUCGAUAGUAAAAUUUUUCAAAUUGUAGAUUUUGUACAUGGAAGUCUGUUUGCUUAUUACUGGACUUGCAUCAUAUUUUCGAACGGCGUUGCGAACAUGUCUGUUCUAUCAUUUAUUGAUACCGUCUGUUCUAUCAUUUAUUGAUACUGUCUGUUCUGUCAUUUAUUGAUACUGUCUGUUCUGUCAUUUAUUGGUACUGUCUGUUCUGUCAUUUUUUGAUACUGUCUGUUCUAUCAUUUAUUGAUACUGUCUGUUCUGUCAUUUCUUAAUACUGUCAGUGUGCAUUACGUCACCAACACAGCAGGUCUUAAAAAUUUAUUAAGGAACAAUGGUAAGAAGUCGAAAUUAUCUAUUCUGGUUAUUUGUCAGCACUCAAUUGUCUUGUUUUUGUCUUCGCUCUUAUCUAUACAAAUCGGGGGUCGUUUUGCGUUUCUGAAGAUUGCUAUUUCGGUUUUUGGAAAUAGGCUGUUUUUUUGAAGUUGCCAGAAAGAGGAUCUUUGAAUGGAUCCUUUUUAUGUGGCUGAUUUUCCCUCCGAUUCGAGGUUGCCCUUUGUACAUUCGUUGGUGUAGUUUCGUUGAUUAGUUCAAGCUUGGUGUCGCAAUGCUCGU